AUGGUGCAACCAAAAGUUCACUAUUUUUCCAAACUCUUCUAUUAUCACCACCAAUCCAAUAUUUCUCAUAGACAAUCAUCAUCUCCUAUCACUACCCCUGUUGCAAAGAAAUCCAAAAAGUCUACUAUUUUCCCAAAGUCUUCUAUUUUCACUGAUGACAUUCCCAACCUAGCUGUUCCCAAUAAACAAAAUAAUAGUGAUUCCACGACAGGUAAAGAUAUCAAUAUCCCUCUUUCUGCUAUACAAAAGUUACAACGGUUAAGCAAAAAAGAGCAAAAUGAGAAGACCAAGAGUGUAAAUAUUUCCUUUAACCCAUUACCUAAUCGCGAUAAUGAAGAUAAUGUUAAUGAACAAACAGCUUCUAUUAUUAAUCUUAUUUUGCGAUUUUGA